UUGAUGGGUCAUAGUAUUCUCUCAUUGGCCAUUUCCGUGUGCUUGAGCUGUUGAUAGUGACCCCUUUUUACGGCACCGGAUUCCUGAUUCAAUAUCACUUGUUGUAGAUUAUUACUUCUGCUAUAAGCAUCGGUUUGUGGGUUCCUUCUGUUACAAGAAUCGCAUCGUUCCAAAUCAAAGAGAAAAUGGGUAAUCUGCUCUGUUGUGUUCAAGUUGAUCAGUCAACAGUUGCUAUCAGGGAGAGAUUUGGGAAGUUUGAUGAAGUUCUUGAUCCUGGAUGCCACUGCCUACCUUGGAUUCUUGGAAGCCAGCUUGCUGGUCAUCUGUCACUGAGGUUGCAGCAGUUGGAUGUCCGUUGUGAGACCAAGACGAAGGACAAUGUAUUUGUUACUGUUGUUGCUUCUAUUCAAUACCGUGCUCUGGCUGAUAAAGCAAGUGAUGCUUUCUACAAGCUCAGCAACACAAGGAGUCAAAUCCAGGCCUAUGUUUUUGAUGUAAUCAGGGCAAGUGUUCCAAAACUUAAUUUGGAUGAUGCUUUUGAGCAGAAGAAUGAUAUUGCCAAGGCUGUGGAAGACGAACUUGAGAAGGCUAUGUCUGCUUAUGGAUAUGAGAUUGUGCAAACACUUAUUGUUGAUAUAGAACCAGAUGAGCAUGUGAAGCGGGCAAUGAAUGAAAUAAAUGCAGCUGCAAGAUUGAGGGUGGCGGCUAAUGAGAAGGCAGAGGCUGAGAAAAUUCUACAGAUUAAGAGAGCUGAGGGUGAGGCUGAAGCAAAGUAUCUUGCUGGACUGGGUAUAGCUCGCCAGCGACAAGCAAUUGUGGAUGGGUUAAGGGAUAGUGUACUGGGCUUCUCUGAAAACGUGCCAGGAACCACUGCAAAAGAUGUCAUGGAUAUGGUCCUUGUCACUCAAUAUUUUGACACAAUGAAGGAAAUUGGCGCAGCCUCUAAAUCCUCUGCUGUCUUCAUUCCCCAUGGUCCUGGUGCCAUUGCUGAUGUUGCUACUCAGAUUCGCAAUGGACUUCUUCAGGCUACUGCCCACCAAUAACUUCACUGCAUUUCAAGUUUUUUCUGGUUUUGUGUUGGCUCAAGCAAGCUUUUGUUUGUCUGCAAAUAUUUUAUUGGUUGAUGUUUUCCUAUGUGAGAAAUCUGUGGAUAGUUGUUCUCGUUUUUGCUGCCUUUGUUCAUAGUUGUCUAGUGCAAAAAGCUUUAAGCAUAGUAACAUAUUCACCUUUGUAUUGUAAAUUGCAAACAUACUGUCGCAAUAACAAAGCUUUGUGGAUUUUUUUUUAUUAAGCGGUUGCCAGUGA